UGGGUCGCCGCUGUAUUGCGUGAUAUGUGUCUGCGUUGAGGAAGUUUAGUCAUCACAAUUUUUGAUACCUACCUGUGCUUAGGCUGUUCAUUGACUGCGCAAGGAAAAGAAUUAUAUAAUAAAUCUUUAUAGAAGUUAGCUUUUAAAUAUUUUUCGAAGCCCUGUUAAUUGUGUUUGCAUUUGACUACAAUAACAAUCAUGGAUUUGGACGAAGUAAAGGGACCUAGUAUUUACAAAGUUGUGACUGACUUGCAAGUGGAUUCAAAGGUUGACAUUAAUAACAUGUCUGAAGCACAGCAAGCACUCAACAACUUCUGGCCAAAGGCAACUGAGGAAAUAAAAGCCAUGACUCAGCAUGACCUCCGGCAGCAGGAGCUUCCUUUAGCUCGCAUCAAGCGGAUAAUGAAACUUGAUGAAGAUGUCAAGAUGAUUAGCUCAGAAGCCCCAGCUUUGUUCAGCAAGGCUGCUGAAAUUUUUAUCACAGAACUCACGCUUAGGGCUUGGAUACACACUGAAGACAAUAAGCGGAGAACUUUACAGCGAAAUGACAUCGCCAUGGCCAUCACCAAAUAUGAUCAGUUUGACUUCUUGAUAGACAUUGUGCCACGGGAAGAGGUUAAGCCUGCUCGUGUCAAGGAGGAAGCUAGGUCUGGGCUCGGUGUGACACUGCCAACUGAUCAGCAUUACUUCCAAAUUGCCCAGCACUACCAGGCAAUGCUACAACAAGCCUCGAGCAAUACCGGCACAACAACCAAUGCUGCACAGCCACAACAACAACAGAACAACAGCCCACCAGCACAACCAACCAUACAGAUUGUACAGACGCCCAAUGGACAAGUACAGGCACUUCAAACCACGAGCAGUCAACAACAACAGCCGCAGACACAAAUCAUUCAAAUCCACAAUCCUCAGACACAGCAGCAACAAACUCCAACUCCUCCUGCUGGGGGCAUACAAAUAAUACAGCAAAUCCUCGGCAGUGACGGCCAGAUCCAGCAGAUACCUAUUCAAUUGACGGCGCAGCAUCUACAAAUGAUCAGAAUGCAGAUGUCGGGGGCUUCUCAGCAGCCUAUCAUCAUUCAGACGGGUCCUGUUGUGGCCCAGCAGACCACCCAGAACACAGUCACUUCCCAGCCCCAGAACGUCCAGCAGCCACAAAUAAUCCAGCUCCAGCAGGGUGGUGGCGGGCAGCCCGUUUACCUGACGCAGGCACAGCAGCAAUAGCCUCUGCCACGGUCAAGUGGGCUACAGUUCAUCCUCAUCGCUGAUGAUUGAAUCGUCAACUUCCUGCCCACGCGUGGCCUGAAUUU